UCCUGUAAUUUGUUUCAGAAGAACUUCCCUAAUUCAACGCUGAGAUUUCAAAGGGUUGAUCUGCUGUCUGUGUGCAGUACACGAAUAUUGCCAUGUCCUCAAAUUCCUUUACAAUCAUUUUCUAUAUGUUGUUUCCCGCAUUAUAUUUAGCUUGUUCUUACUUCGAUGAGAGUAAACCAGAAAUUCAAGCCUUUCCCAGCAAAGUAGUAAAGAAGGGGGGCAGCGUCACAAUCAGGUGUUCUUCCCCAUAUUAUGAGGGGCAAUUUCGUUUACAAGAAGAAACUGCAUAUUUUGAUUCCAAACACGAUGUGCGAGAAGAAAACUUUACUCUGACAAAUGUGCAGGAAUAUAAUUCUAUUAAUUAUUACUGUAGUCAGUAUUCUUGUGGCACAUGGAGUAAGAAGAGUGAUUUUCUUACAUUAAAAGUGAUAGAUCCAAUCAAACCACAGAUUUCUUAUCAUCUGGAUGACUCUGAAAAUAAGCAGCUCCUAAUAAUCUGCACGGCACCAAAACCUCCAGAGGAAUGCAGAGUGAAGAGCUUUUUUCUGUAUUCAGGGAAGGUGGAAAUUAAAGAUUUGAAAGCUAUGGGUUCUCCAAAGGUGACGUUCACAGUUUCCAACCUUACAGCAGAGUACAAAUGUUCUUAUGUUUUAGAGGUAAAAGAUCCACCUCUUCAUCUCAUUAAAUCACCACGCAGUAAUAAGAUUACACCUACAAUACCUGAAGAUAAAAAAAGAACAGAAAGUACUGAAGGUGAUGAAAAAGAAAUAAUAGAUACCAAGCGUGAACAUGUGGAUGACUUGGAAAGCAAAAGAUCACCAGAAUAUUUGAUUCCUGUUGUUGCCACUGUUUGUGGUUGCCUUGCUCUGAUCCUGAUACUAAUCAUUGUGGUUUACAUCAGGAGAAAAAAUAAAUCAUCACCACAAAAAAUGAAACACAGUGAAUUUCCCCAAAGUGGUGAAGCAGAUAUCGCGGCUGAAGUGACAUAUUGUGCAGUGGACGAGAACAGGAUAAGAGCAACUCCUCAGGUGGAGGUGGAUAUGAAAGACACAACCAUGAAGGACUAUAAUGAUGAUGGAAUCACUUAUGCCGAAUUGAAUAAAAUCUCACUAACACAGAACACACAAUCAUAUACACCCACAGACACUAGCUUAUAUGCUGAAGUGAAAAAAAAAUUACCACAGUGAUAAGAAAGGGAUAAAAUAAAAUACUGUGGACUCAUGUUUCAGUGGCCUCAGCUUACAAUAUUUUCACCAUAUAAUGGCAUUUCCAGAAACUAUAUUUAACGUUCAAUGUCUUAAACCUGUAUUACUAAAGUGGAUGCACUGAUUGGCUAUCUAGAAGUGCCACUCUACAGUAUAGUGUGGUACAACAUGAUCUACUGCUCUUUACUGGUGCCAGAAUGAGCUGCUCCUUUGGACACCAGGUGAGUGUGGCUCCAUUUUAUUUUCCUGGCACACUGCAUGUGUACAGGAAACUGAAAAAGCCCCUGUCCACUACAUAGAAAUUGAUUUACAUCUUCCAGAAAAUAUUUUUGACAAUCUUUAAUCUCCUUUUUUUAUUAUCAUUUUUGGUUGACAUUUUAUGGUUUUCGAAUCAAUAACUACCGGUAGUUUUGCAUACAGUUAUGGUUUCAAGUUACAAAGUUUUUUUAACUUUCAAUGUUUAUCCCAGUCAGGACCAACUAAUAUUGUAAUUUGAGGGACCCCUACUAUGUGAAUAUAUGUUUACUUUCAUUUUAUUAAACAAAAGUAAUAUCCAGAUACAUAGGUUUCAAAUCAACUGAUACAUAAAUAUUCAGAAUCACAAGUCUAUUUUGUUGAUGCCUAGAUGACAGACCCCUACUAUGUGAAUUUAAUUCUUUAAUCUGUUAAUACAUAAUGUAUGCAAUUGUGUUUGCCUGUAUAUCUUGUGCACUUAAAUAAGUAGUUAAACUAAUAAAAUGGCUGCCUAUUCUAUUUCA